UUCUCAGAGCGCUCCUGCCACCGUGUUACAAAUGCCUGUGGCAAGAGGGGCCUUGCCGAGGUGUGGAUGGACGUGUAGUCAGCCCGCAGGCAGUGCCGGCCGUCGUCAUGGCUGAUGUCUUGUUUGCAGAGGCCUGGAACCCGACACAGGAUGCAGAGCUUCCUGAGGCUGCUGAGGGAGAGUGGGGGCACUGGGCCCCCCUUGGAGGGGCUGGUGACUCUUGCAGGCAGACUGUGCCGGGACCUCCAGGAUGACCCAGCCCAGGUGCAGCCCUUGGUCACUGCCGUGUUGGACAGUCCCCUCCGCCUGCACCUCCUGGACAAUGCGGAUGUGGCCCUCGUGUGUGCCCGAGCGCUGGCCCAGCAGGACCAGCACCAGGCUGCUUGCCGUGUCCUGGAGGGAUGCCAGGUGCCUGGAGGCAGCCAGGAGCUGGUCCAGCUCUGGAACGACCUUCACUACCGUCUGGUCAUGAAGCGGCUGGGCGUGGCCACGCUCACCCCAGUGCAGAAGUUCCGCUGCAGAAAGAGGAACCCACCACCACCCUCCCUCUGCCCCGACGGCCUGAAGAGCCGGAACUUUCCCAGAGAGGUUCGCCAGAAGCUGCACGACUUCGCCUCUGCCGUGAGCACCAACCCCAGCAAGGCCGAGAGGGAGAAUCUGGCCUUGGAGAUGAGCCUGAGCGCGGAGCAGGUGUACAACUGGUUCGCCAACUACCGGCGGCGCAGAAGGGCCCUUCUCCAGCGUCGUCCGCCAGCUCCGGAGGACGCGGCGGUGGACCUCCGCGUGAGGGAGACGGCUCCGGAGCCCCCGCAGCCCCCGGGCCAGCCCCGCCUUGGCCCCGGGGGUGCGGCCCGGCCUCAGUGGCCAGGACCAGAGGAAGAUGGGCCUGCACAGUCCAGGGAGACCACUCAAGGGCCAUGGGAGUCGCUGGCUCUGGCCCCAGACUUUUCUGGAGAUGAGACUCUGCCGAAGCCAUUGCCUCCCAGGUCUCUGCAGGGCAGUGAGAUGUACCAGGAUGGUCCUGGCCGAAGCCCUGCCACUCUCCCCCACAUCUGCCCAGGCCUUGGCCUCUGCCCUCUGACUGCUGGCAGUGACAUGCUGGACUCUAACCUGGCUGCCCCUGAGUCAUGGCUGAUGUCCCUUGCACUGGCGUCCUCCAAGGAAGUUUCCUUCCAGACUGGGCAGCUGGUCCAAGGGCAUGGGCUGGACCUCACGAUGCGGCCUGCAGAUGCCACUGUGGCUGUGUCCAUCACUGCCCUCGGUGAGCCCAGCUCCACAGGAUUCGCUGACCCACCUGCUGGCAACCCCCCGAGCGUGUACCUGGAGGAAGGAGCAUGCAGCAGCGGCGGCUUCCUGGUGACACGGCCUCCCGACUUCCUCCUGGCCCAGAGUCCGCUGGAGUUGGCACCAGGCCCUUCCUUCUCCAGCCCUGUUUCUGCUGUGGACCUGAGCCAGCCUGUGCCCUCUAGCCAGGUGCAGUGGCCCGACGGCCAGGCCUCCAGUGAUGCCUUCUGGGGAGCCAGAAUGCUUCUUGAGCUUUCAGGGGGCAGCCUGGGUUGAGAUGUCCCUUUGGGGUAUCCAGCCAGUGCCCCCUGGGGAGCAGGUGUGGACAUCGAGUGUUUCAACACAUGUUGCAUAGAGCUUUAUUCCGACUGAAGAGAGGCCCCAGGGUUCCUUCAGGGGGUUCCAGUGAGAAGCACUGAGGCUGCGUAGUCCCCUGCCGUGUUUGCAUAGUUUGGUUGGCAGCUCACUGUAUCAAAGGAAGCAUUUGAGAAACGCUCUUGAGCUCAGAAGUCCAAGGGGUCUGUUUCACUCAGGCAGUGGGAGAUUGUGGAUUCGAGCUCCUGGGCAUGUAGGUUAUGGGCAGGGAAGGCCUUUCUGGAGAUAAAGGAGAAUGUUGCACGGCUGUCUGCCCUCCCUGCCCUAUGACAAGGCCGAACUUCACCCAGUUAAGUUGGCGAGUGGGGCGUGGGCAGUGUUGUGACACUUCUGUGUCUUGGGGGUGAUGUGGUUGGGACGGCUCAGGCAGGGUGGGCCAGGGUACCUUUUCCCUGCAGGUUGGAGUUCACUGUGUUUGUAAAACAGAUGUUCUGUUGAAUUAAAUUACAAUUCAGUG